CUACACAAGACACAGGAAUACUUCAACAUCCAGUGAAUUUGAAUCCAGUUUCUUCAGGAUGAGGCACAUUGAGUUGCAUUACACCGGGGCAGCAUUGUUCUUCCUGCUGUUUUCUGCUACAGGUGCUCAGCCCUUGAGCAUUUUAAAGAUUAUUGAGGGGCUCCAGACACCCCCAAUGACCUACUCUACACCCCUUUACUCAUUUUCCCUGUGCAUGGAGAUCACCAACCGUGUCUUCAACGACUCCCUCCUCAACACAACCUCGCAGCAGUACAAGCGGAUGUAUACAGAGGUUUCUGGAGUUUUGGACUUGGCCUUUAAUUGCUCUAACUGUGACACAAGAGAAACUUACAGAGGGGUAACAAAUAUACAGUUCAGGAGCGGGCCUAUGAUCGCGAAUUGUACCAUUCAGUUUCAGACCAUUUUUAUCAACCAUGUUGUGAUCAAAUAUUUGUUCCUGCGAGCCAUAGAUAGUAAUACUCAACCAAAUGGUCUUGCACUCAACAGACAGUACACUGCUGAAACGGUCACACCUGCCUGGCUUUCUCCAACAUCCACAACUCCUAUGGCUCCAGCAACUCCCUUUGCAGGAAGUGCUGCUCACUUUGCAGGAAGUGGUUCUCAUUGGCUUCCUGGUUGGGCCAUUGCAUUGCUAGUGUUAGCAUGCGUCAUCAUACUGCUUCUCCUCAUCAUCUUACUACUGAUAUGCUGUUGGUCCUGUAGGAGAAAAGACAAAAAGGAAGAAACAACCAACAUAGUAGAACAUGCACCUUAUCAGAGGACAUCUUUCAAAGAACAUCUUGCCAAUCCCACAUAUAUGCCACACACACCUGAGAGAAGCCCAAUCUACCCAGUCUUGGGAGAACCGGAAGUACAGCAUGGCAGCCAAGCCGGGAUGUAUGCGAUGAACCCUCAGAGAUGAUAACCACAAUACCACUAUAAGAGAGAGCCAUGAAAUAACUGACGCUACGGAGGUUCAGGACGGUAAAGCGGUUUCUCUCGUAGAAGAUGCUGGUUUCUUCAAAAAGAUUCUAGAAAUGUGGACUUGUCAUCAUUACCAUGUUUAAUAUAAGUAUUAUACUCAACUUAAAUGGAACUUUAUUUAUUGUCACACAGAUAUGGGGAUUUAGGUCUGUGAACUUUUGCAGCUCUUUCUCAGUAUAAUAUACCAGGGUUAGUUGUCACACUUUUUACUUCAAUAAAUAUUUUUUUCCGGUUAGGUUAAUUCUCGAGAAAGCCCCAUUAACAUUUCCACUGUUUCCCCCCCCAAAAUAAAUUUAAUAUAUGUUGUUUCCUACAGUGGUGCAUGUUGUCAAACUAUGUUGUUUAUUAUUAUUCAUUUUUAGUUUAUUUGAGACAAAUACAUUUUUGAAAG